GUCUAUCUCAGACUAGUCCGGAAGUCGCCCUCAAGGAAACUCUUCCAGUGGGCUCUACUUCACAAAAUCCUUUAAACUACUAUACACUUGGAGGUUCUACUAUCGGAUUCCGAGCUUAGCCCUCCACAAAAGGAAGCUUCUGUGGUUGCCAUGGGAGCGACUCGGGUUGCUGGACUGAUAGUGGGCCGAGCACGGUGAGGACAGAGCAGGGGCAGACUGUUGAGAAAGCCCAUCUGCGGCGGCCUUCCUCGUCAGAGGUCGAGGUCGGCAAAGCGAGCUGGGUAAGGGAUACAGGGCCCUGCGGCUCCAGGCCAAGAGAAGGACGGCGGAUCCUACCGCAAAAGCCUCAGAUCACUGGGCCUCUGAAGAUUCGGGGGCCUGCCUUUGCUCUUGGCCCCUAGAGGACAGACACCAGAAGCGCUGGUUUUCCACCAACCCCAAGAAGUUAGUAGCCUGAGCUCCGGAGUCUAUGGAGAAGCUCCAGGACCAGUAUUCUUUCCUUUGUUCAGAAAACAUACGGAAAACUAAUCCUUUAAUACUGAACAUACUCCAAAAACUGGAUGAAGAAAUCGAGAAGCGACCCAAAGAAAAAAUCACAGUAAACAUUGCUGGUAACAGUCGCUUAGAUUCAGGACAAAGGAUAACAAGCGAGGACUUCUGGCUUCUUUCCAAAGCUUUAAGAAACCAUCCGUGCAUCGGUGGUGUGGAUGUGAGGUAUAACCUCAUAGGCGAUGUCGGUGCCUACUACGCUGCGAAACUACUUCAGAAACAACCAAAUAUCACAUACUUAAACCUUAUGUUUAACGACAUUGGACCUGAAGGCGGAGAAUUGAUUGCUAAAGCACUGCAGAAAAACAAGACUCUUAAGUAUUUGCGAAUGACUGGAAAUAAAAUUGAGAACACGGGCGGCAUGCUUUUCGCUGCAAUGCUACAGAUGAACUCCUCCCUGGAGAAACUGGACCUGGGUGACUGCGACCUGGGACUGCAAAGUGUGAUAGCAUUUUCUACAGUACUAACUCAAAACAAAGCAAUCAAGGGAAUAAACCUGAACCGGCCCAUACUGUACGGAGAACAGGAAGAGUCUACAGUCCACAUCGGCCACAUGUUGAAACAAAAUCACGUCCUUGUUGAACUGCAUAUGUGCAAACAUGGUAUGAAAAAUUAUGGUAUACAACAGUUGUGCAAUGCACUGCAUUCGAAUAGCACCCUACGCUACCUUGAUGUCAGCUGCAAUAAAAUAACUCGUGAUGGAAUGGUGUUUUUGGCUGAUGUUCUAAAAAGCAAUAGUACUCUGGAAGUACUAGAUCUCUCUUUUAACAGAAUAGAAAAUGCAGGCGCAAAGUACCUCAGUGAAACUCUAACUUCCCACAACAGGAGUCUUAAAGCAUUGUCUGUAGUCAGCAACAAGAUAGAGGGAGAAGGGCUUGUUGCACUUUCCCAAUCAAUGAAUACAAACCUUGUAUUGUCCAAUAUCUACAUUUGGGGAAACAAAUUUGAUGAGGAUACCUGUGUGGCAUAUUCAAAUUUGAUAGAGAGUGGCCGAUUAAAGCCAGAGAAUACAGAUGUGGAACCGUACGUGGUGGAUGAACACAUCUACCUUUCCGAAGUCUCCAACGGCCUUAAAAGGCAUUAUUACUGGACACCGACUUACGGAGAAUGUUACGUGCCGUCAUCGUCUGCAGGCUUUGCUCUGGUUCCUGUGGGCGAGCGUCUAUAAGAAACAAGCUUGAAAACAGUUUUCACACAUUUGCCUCAACACUUUUAGAGACUAAUAUUUUGUGGACUAUUUUUCCUUUUGUAAAUUAGAACACAUUUUUAUCAAAUUAUAAAAUUUUGUGUACUUGCCUCUUGUAGAGAAAAAAAUGUGUUUCUUAACAUAGAGACUAAAAUAUCAUACCUUAACAAACCACAGAACUAUAGUAAUUCUUUUUGUAAUGAAAAAUGAACACAGAAAUGAAAGACAGUAAAGUCACGACAGAAGUCUUAACCAAAUGUUGGGGCAGAUUCGGCUCUGCCGCUGGCAGAUUUCCAGUGGCUUUUGAGAGCAGCUCACAAGUCAAAAAGUAUUCCGCACAGAUGUGCAGGCAUUACACACAGGUGUUAACAGUCUUCACAAAAACAAGAAAAUAAAGCUUCCUUGCACAGAC